AUGGCAUUGAACUAUAGCAGUUCAUCGUGGAAUACUACUGAUAUUCUGGUAGCAUCGUCGCUAGAACGAAGAAUCAAGUUCUUCAUAUUGAUUACUCUACAAACACCAUCGUUUUGUUGUACGCUCUUCAUUUUACGGCAUUUUUCAUGGCGACAUUUACAAACUCAAAUUUAUGGUUUUCUACUCAUACCGAAUGCUCUUAUUCUUGGUGCUGAGUUGUCCAUUACACUUUAUUACUUGUAUGAAGGAACCAUUUAUUUUGAAAGUCGCUGUUCUCCUUGGAUCACGUUAAAUUAUACACUUUUUCAAUUGAGCAUUUUUUUAAUGACUUGGAUAUCGAUUCAACGUUACUUAUUUAUUUAUCAUGAACAAUUUAUUCAAAGACACAUGAUUCUUCUUCAUUAUGGGCCAGUGAUAUUUCUCUAUGUAUAUUGUCCAUUACUUUAUGUCGGUAUCGUAAUGAUAUAUGGAUGUAAACCGACUUAUGAUGUUACUUUAUACAUUUGCGGUGGUCCAUGUUAUUCUUUAAAUGUAGGUCUUGGCAUAUUUGAUUGGAUUGGAAAUGGUAUAAGUAUGGAAAUGACAACAUUCUUUGUUAAUGUCUUAGUUACUAUACGUCUUUUUAUACAACGUUAUCGAAUGAAACGAGCUAUUGCUACAGUAGAUGGACAUCGACAAUGGCGUCGUUCAGUGAAAUUAGGUGUGCAACUUAUUGCAAUCGGUAUGAUUUACGUGGUUGGUUGGGUUCCAUAUUCAAUUAUUGUAUUGAUACAAAUGUUCAACGGUUCUGGAGAUCUUGCUAAUAUUCUUUCAAAUGUUUUUGCUUAUUUACCUUAUUUUCAAGAAUUAUUAGUACCUUAUGCUUGUGUUAUGUAUAUGCCGGAAGUAAAAGCAAAACUUGCUGCUCUAUUGAAGUUACCAUACAUUCAUAGAAGACAGCAUCCAUCAAAUCAAAUUCGACCGACUACUUUCCUACCAAGUAUAAGUAAGCAUCCAAUGUGCACUGUUCAUGAUCAUUAA